AUGGCGGCUGCAGAGUUUGAUUACGAAUUCGUCCUGGAGGACGAGUUCGAUGCCAUGAACAGCUCUCUGGACAAGAAGAAGUCUGUUGACGAGAUCCUGAGCGGCAAAUAUCCUGCCAAGAACCAUGCCCGCAAAGUCGCCCACGAGCUCGGCGUUGACGAGGGCAUCAUUUAUCUCGUCGGUGAACCCGAGCGUCGUUUUCCCGACUCUGAUCAAGGCCCCAAGUUCCGCCAGCAGAGAUACUUUUAUUACCUCUCCGGCGUAGACUACGCCGGCUGCACCGUCACCUACGAUAUUGGCCUCGACACCUUGGUCCUCUGGAUCCCUUACACCGAGCCCAAAAAGAGCCAUUGGUUCGGCUCGACCCCUUCCACCGCCCAGGCUGCCCGUCUGUACGACGCCGACCAGGUGCACUACGCCAGCGACCUCGCGCACUACCUCACCAGCCUUCCGUCCGCCGCCACCGUCUACGUGCUGCACCCCGACCAGCGCCCUCCGCCGCUCGUGCAGCACCAGUCCUUUCGCGCGCGCUCCUCGGACGGCCCGCGGAUCGACACCACCGCCCUCCGACCGGCCAUGAACCGCGCCCGCGAGGUCAAGGACCAGUACGAGAUUGCGCUCGUCCGCCGCGCCAACGACAUCUCGAGCGCCGCCCACCGCCGCGUCGCCCACGCGCUGCUGCGCAUGCGCAACGAGAGCCAGCUGCAGGCCGUCUUCGAGGCCGUCUGCACGGCGCGCGACGCGCACAGCCAGGCGUACCCCGUCAUCGCGGGCGCCGGUCCCAACGGGGCGACGCUGCACUACGGCGCCAAUAAUGCGCCGCUCAAGGGCCACGCCACCAUCGUCCUCGACGCCGGCUGCGAGUACCGCUGCUACGCCAGCGACAUCACCCGCACCCUGCCCAUUUCCGGGUCGUUUUCCCCGCGCGCGGCCGCCAUCAACGACGUCGUCGCGCGCAUGCAGACCGAGUGCAUCGAGCUCAUGAAGCCCGGCAAGUUCUACUACGAAAUCCACAACCACGCUGGCCACGUCGCCGUCGACGGCCUCCUCAAGCUCGGUAUCCUGCGCGGCACCCGCGAGGAGCUCAUCGCCGCCGGCACCAUCUCCGCUUUCUUCACGCACGGCCUCGGCCACCACGUCGGCCUCGAGGUGCACGACGUCGUCGGCGACGCGCCCCUACUCAUGCCCGCGGCCGCCGAGACCGUCGGCAGCUUCCGCCGCGGCAAGCGCACCAUGAUGACCCCUGAGAAGCUCGCCGCCAUGAACAGGUUCAGCAAGGCGACCGCGGCGGAGAAGCAGCGCACCGUCCUGCGCGCCGGCAUGAUCCUCACCAUCGAACCGGGUCUGUACUUCAACCGCGCGUACCUCGAGGGCUUCUUCCGCGAGGACCCCGUGCACUCCAAGCUCAUCGAGUGGGACGUUGUGGAGAGAUACUACCCCGUGGGUGGCUGCCGCACCGAGGACUGCAUCUUGGUGACGGAGAGUGGCUACGAGAACCUGACAACGGCGCCCAAGGGCCAGGAGCUUCUAGACGUGAUUAAUGGACGGGAGAGAUCCAAGCCUCGUGAGUAA